UAUGCAACCAUUAUAAUGCCAAUCCCCAAAAUAAUCUAUCAAAAAAGAUUCCUGUUUGCAUCAAUUCCAAAAAUUACUCUCUGAAUCACUCAAUCGCAAAUAAGCUAAAUAAAAUAAAGAAAAUAAUAGAACUAGUUUUCAAAUGAGAAGCUACAGCAAAUUAUUAUCACCUCCUCAUCGUUCUAUUCCUAUUCAUAAUUAACUCAAUCAAGACCUCAAAAAAACUCUUAAUAGAGUCAAAUCUAUGUUAGAUAAAGCCUAUCAAGAAAAUCUAACUUUAUAAACUGAAAAAAAAGAAUUACUAUAAAUAUUAUAAGAAUAAAACCAGCUAAUUGAAAAAUUAUAAUCAAAAAAAUCCUUGAGUCAACAUUACUGA